AAUCACAAAUAAUACACAUUAAACAGCAAAAAAUAUUUUUCAGCAAAUUUCGUUCGUAAAAAUGCUGAAGAAAAGCUUUUCUCACCUGAACAUUUGUUAAAAAUUAGUGAAAAUUUAUACGUUACCUGAAUUAUAUAAGAAACUGCAAACAAUAAACCAAUUAAGAAACAACAAAAAUGAUUUCACGCGUAAGGAAUUUGGUGGCUGUUCAAAUGUUGCCCAAAAAUUUGAGAAUUUCCGCUAUUUUGGUGGCUAUUUAUCAAGUUCUAAUUGCUCACUUUUUGAUGUUUGUAAUGCUCUUGGGACUCGUGCAUGCAGAGGAAAUGACAAGUAUUCUGUCUGCUGAUAUCGCUGACCAAAAGGAGCGUGAGGAUUAUAUUUUUAUUCCGACAUUGUCCACGGGAGAGAGUCUCAACACUGUUCGCUUCAAGUCUGCAUCACAUUUGGCGUUUGUGACUUUGGUAAUUUUGUACAUCGGCACAGCCAUUUCCGCCAUUUACCUUCUCAGUUGCCUUGGCCUUCUCAUCGGCACGUUACGAAAUCGUUCAGAACUGAUGUUACCAUGGCUCAUUCUCGAUUCGAUCGGUGCGAUUCUCGUGCUUGCUGUGAUGGUAGCAGCUGCCAAUUCGGAGUUUAAUGUUUUGUACUACAGCGGCGGCGAAGUGCAAUAUUGGAUCUUUUGUGGCAUCAUGACGUCUUUUAAUCUCGUAAUUUGGUGCAUUGUGCAAGCUUACUACCAAACGGUGCGCCAAAUGCAAAAAAUGAGACACAUGGCGACAAUUCCGAUUCCGUUGCCGCCCGCACCGCGCAGAAACUCCAUUCCGUAUCAUUAUCGCAAGGAAAAUAUGUAUCUGGGUGAUAUUGGGCUAAAGCAUUACGUGUCGGAUUUGGCAGCGGAGGAGAGUUAUUUGAUGUAAGAACUUACCUGAGAUAUGAGGAAAUUGAUCGCACAUGGACCAGAUGUUCACUGUGCCUAAAAUGAGACAAAAAAAUUUUUUUUUUCGUAAAAAUAGUCGAGUAAAUAGAAUUUUUUUGGUAAAUUUAAUAGAAAACAACAGAACAUAGAGACUUAUCAAUAUUAAAACUAACAAAAAAUCUAUAUAAAUCUAUAGAAAAAAAUAUCUUCCACUUUAUCAAUGUUAUUAACGAAAAGAAAU